UAACCAUGGACAUACGAUCGUGGUCCGCGCCGUAGACUAAGAAGAUGACCCGCUAUCGUUAGCAGAUAUCUACCUAGCGUCCUCACGCAUUAUAUUAUUCUAUAAGACGACGGUGAUAUGAUGUUGUUGGUGAUGCAGUAUUUUCAUGUUCCAUAUUACUUCCGUCUUAUUUCCCAACACGUCCACUUAUAAUCACUCUCUGUCUCAAAAAACCCCACCAAGAACCAUACCAUACCAUGUCUUCGUCGACUACCCAAUCCGGCUCCGUUCUGCUGCUCGGCGGCACAGGAAAAGUUGGUAGCCGCAUCGCGCCGCUGCUCCACGCCGCCGGGGUCCCCUUCCUAGUCGCGUCGCGAUCCGGGAGUGCCCCUAACGGCUACGCGGGCGUCAAGUUCGACUGGGAAGACGAAUCGACUUGGGAGCCCAUCUUCUCGACUCCCAUCUCGGCCAUCCACCUCGUUGCGCCUCGCGCAGAAGCCCAGGAUGCCAUAAAGAAGUUCGUGGAUCUCGCGCUCUCCAAGGGCGUCCCGCGCUUCAUACUGCUGAGCGCUAGUCUAGUCGCAGAGGGAGGACCGCUGGUAGGCAAGGUGCACACGUACCUGCGUGAGCUUGGCGAGGCGGGUAAGAUCGAGUGGGGUGUGCUGCGUCCGACUUGGUUCCAAGAAAACUUCCUAUCAGAGCACCACCUCUCAGCCCUCAAGAAGGAGAACAAGAUAUAUUCCUCCACCGGAUCCGGCCUCAUCCCCUGGAUCUCAGCCAACGACAUCGCCGCCGUCGGCUUCCAUUUCCUGACGGCUCCCAAAGCCCCCAACACUGACCACUACAUCCUCGGCCCAGAACUUCUCACAUACUCCGACCUCGCAGAAAUCUUCUCCUCCGUCCUCGGCCGCAAAAUCACCCAUGUCGACCUCACCGAGCCCCAGCUCGUCGAGCGCUGGGCCCGCGUCGGCCUACCAGCCGAAUACGCAGCGGUCCUAGCGUCGAUGGACACGGCGGUACGCCACGGGUCCGAGGAGCUCACCAGCGACGCCGUACGCGCGACGACGGGGCGGGAGCCUCGGAGGUUCAGAGACUUUGUCGAGGAGAAUAAAGAGACAUGGGCGCAGAGUUAGAGUUAAGUGUCGAGAGUUAGUGCUGGGAAUAGUCUUGCUUAGUUAAUGAAUUAGGCUAGGCCUACGUUAGGGAAUGGUUAGAACGUACUUUUUUGUUGUUGCUGCGUAAUCAAUUACUAUUAACUUUAUAACUAUCGUGCUUGCGGGAUAUUAUACCCUAGGAUAUAGGUAAUGUUGAUGCAGCGGGUGUACUGUGGUGAUUCUACUGGUUUAUGGUGAACCUGGGUCUCGGCCACAGUCUGUGUAUCACAGCUACCAACACCCCGUACGAAGGGUGAAAGUUGGUGCUUUAUUUUGUGGUUUGGUGUGGUGUACGGUUGCGAAAGGGAAG